AUGCCAUCACCAGUCAAAAUAAUCACAAACAGCAUCCUACCACCUCCGCCACCACCACAUCCCUGGACACACUACUUAACCCUCGAUGCCCUCCUGAAAGUCCUCUCCCGCACUCUAUUCAACCCCUUCCUCGCCUGGAUCCUUGUCCUUUGCCUUCGGGCCCAGGUAACACCACCUACACAUCCUGCUUGGAUCAUAAGUGUUGGCUAUGCUGUUUCUUUGUCCCUGCUUUUUAUAGCGGGGACGAUCAACCACCGCGUCGCGCAUGGGCUUCCGAGGACAGUGGAACCCGAGCGCGAGGUUGUGCUAGUUACAGGUGGGGCUAGUGGGUUGGGACUUCUCGUUGCGCAGCUUUAUGCGAUGAGGGGUGUUCGUGUGGCGGUUUUGGAUAUUAGGGAGGUUGGGGAGAAGGAGGCUGAGGAGAUCUUUGGGGAGGAUGUUGAUGUUAGGUGUUAUGCGGUUAAUGUUGGGGAGAGAAAGGCACUGGAGGAUGUUCGAAAGGAGAUUUCGAAAGAGCUUGGGACUCCAACUAUCAUUAUCAACUGUGCGGCAGCGAGGAUUAAUGGCCACUCGCUGUUGGACUUGUCUGUAGAUGAUUUUGUGAAGACAGUACAGACAAAUCUUCUGGCGGCCUUCCACUUGUACCAGGUUUUUGUGCCGGGUAUAAUGGAUGCAGAAAAUGGUGGCACACUGGUAACGGUUGGCUCAGUGCUAGGCCAGUUAUCUCCGGCGGGAUUGUCGGAUUACUCGGCCAGUAAGGCUGGGCUCAGUGCGUUGCACCGAACAAUGGAAGCGGAAUUGCGUGGUCAUGAACAGAUCAAAACACUGUUGGUGGAGACAGGCCAGAUGUCAACACCGUUGUUCAGCUGGGUUCGCACCCCGAGCCGCUUCUUUGCGCCGGUAUUGGAGCCGGUGGAGGUGGCUCGGGAGAUUGUGACCGCAGUUGACAGUGGCCACGGUGGUGUGCUCAGAUUACCAGCCUUUGCAAAGUUGGUCAAUUGGUACGCUGUGCUGCCGGGUGCGGUGCAGGUUGUAGCACGAUACCUGAGUGGCAUUGAUCAGGCAGUGUCUUCCGGUCUUCAAAGUCGAAACACCCCCAGUAGUGGGCGAGUGCUAAGGAGCUCGAAGAAACGGACCGAUUGA